ACUGGCAUUAACAAAAAAUCAAAAUAUAUUAUGUCGUAAAGAUUUUCUGUGAGCUUCUAAAUAUUUUGUGCAGAAAUGAAGCACGAGCACUUUCUAAGAAGUAAAUCAAAUGCUAAAAAACAUCGCCCUAGAGAAUGUGUUUCAGAAAGUAGCUUUUUAAGUGAUAAUUUUUGCUCCAUUAUUUUGGGAAAACCAGGUAAUAAUUUAAUGAAGAAGAAAAUUCUUGCAGUUGGUGAGGGAGAUUUUCAUAAGAUCUUGAAUAAUAAAAAUUCCAGUUUACAUCAACAGCAAGUUCUACUAUGUGAUGUUGAGCCUGUUACUAACUCAAAAUCCUUUGAAAUAAACGAUAAGAUUUCGCCUACAAAGAACGAUUUACGAGCAGUCAUGGACAAAAAUAAAAUAAUAAAAAGUAAUAUUGAUUCUAAUGAUGUGAAUAAAUCAACUAACUAUAAUCAGAAGAUUUUAAAUAGAAGUUCCAAAAUUAAAAAAGAACGUAAACCUAGAGACUUAGUCGAAGAUAGUGCAAAAUUUCAAAUUGGUAAUAAAAACGAAAACGAUACUUACAAAACUGAUAACAAUAAUAACAAUAAAUAUUCUGAAAACGCUCGUCAAAAAUCUGUAAGAGAUGAAGUAUCGUAUAAAUCACUUAUUAGUGAUUUACACCCUGAGUUGUUAAAAACAAUUUCUGAAACUCAAAAUGGAGAUAAAGGACCCGAUUUGAGUGUUCGAAAUGCACAAACUUCUCAAAUGAUUAGAUUACAUAGUUCAAAAGCUGAAGUAUUCCUUCCAGACCAAAUCAUCCAUUCUAAACAGCAAUUUGGAAAUAAUAAAAUCUUGUCUGAUGCCGAUUUAAAUCAAUAUAGUGGUCAAGAUAAGUCUAAAAAAGAUAGUUAUGAAAGUAACUCCGAAGAAAAAACAGAUAUAGGGAAAGACCGUACCGAAGUUACAUCUACAAGACUAUUUCGAACCCAAUCUCCUAUAAAUGAUUCUUUAAUAAAUACAUAUGAGUCCAUUGCAUAUGAUAUGUCACCGAAAAAUAAUAAUCUCGUAGAUGUUGUAAGCGAAAAGGAGUAUCAAGGACAACAAAUUAAGACGGAUUCCGCUUAUAAGCAAGGCCUAAAUCUUACAGCAGAUUCAAGACCAUGCUAUUGCGAGACACAUUCUCAAACCAGUCGUCCUUCAAUUUUGAAGCCAUCCCAGCAACGGUCUUUAAAUUCGAAAGUUGAUCAAUAUCCAGUAAAGGAAGCGAGCUCAAUGCGCUCCAAGAUAUUUGUAAAUAAACCUUCGCAAACAUCAAAUAGUCAUGUUACCGAAGAUAACCAUCUGACUGGAAAUAACGUGGGCACUCAUAAAAUGCCUUUAGUUGAUACCAGUGUUAAUACUUUAGAAAUCGAAUCAGUUGGUGUUCAAGCCCCUGAGCAAGAUAUUACUGAAAUUUCAAGUACUAAUUCUACUGAAAGUUUAACUUCUGAAGACAUUAUUUGUUACAGACCAAUUCACAAUUUUUGUGGUUGUCAUAAUCGAGAACAAAUCCGAAAAGCAGAACAACGUUUAGAUCAUGAACAUAUUUUAUCUGCAGAAUAUGCGUUACCUGAAAAAAAUAAAAAUGUUCAAAUUCACAAUGUAGCAAAAUUGAACAAUUUAAGAAAUUAUCCUAUUAACACUGUUUGUAACAAAAUAUACCAUUCAAAUAACAAUGCUGACAGAAAACGAUAUAUCUUAUCAUCACAAGAGGAUUAUGUUACGAAAGAAAUGCCAUUUUCCAGAAAUCAGCCAAUCUCAAAAGGGAUUUUUAAAGAGACUCCUGAAAAUGUUAUUUAUUGUGAAAAUCCAAUACAGAAUAAUGGUACAAGAAACAAUAGGUCUAAUAGUUUGGAACAUCGUAAUUUUUACAACAAAAAUAGUUCUUUGUCGCAAAACAAUAGAACUAGGAAUACAAGGAAGAAAUAUAGAUACCAUAAUCCUGUUACUUCCAAUGCAGAAAAUGCAAGGAAUGAUUAUUGUGCAGGUACUUGUAGGUGUUGUGCAAGAAGAGGGGAUAUACCAGUAGUUCCUAUUCCACCACCGCUUGAGUAUGACGUGUCUUGUUCAGAAGAUGACUUAGAACUAAUAAUAGAAGAUCAAAGCGAUCAAUUUUUUGACUCAGACGAUUCAAACAGUCUACCAUCACGAUACAAUGAUCUGCCUUAUCAAAAUAGUGAUCAAUACAUAAAUUUAGUCCAAGAGCUGGAAGAAAAGUUACAAAGUCGAAACAAAUCAAGGGUACAAAGAACUUUACAGGAAUUUGAACGUAGAAGCAGGCUAAAUAAACCUUUAGAAAAACCAGUGAUAAACUAUGAAGAAACUAGUGAAAGUGAAGAACCUUUAAUAAGAGCUAUAUCAGAGUUAGCAAGGAAACGAAACGAGGACCAUAAAAAUUUUCCAUGUAAAGGCAAAGCCUGUUGCACUUGUAUUUUACCAGCAGAAAAACAUGAAAUUGAAGUAAAAUCGAACUAUUCAAAUAAUAAACCAAGAAUCAAGACAAAAUCACACUGGAAACAAGACGGCACAAAUGGAACUUGGUAUCGAACAUCCAAAAACCUUCCAGAGCAUGUAAAUGUUACAGCCAAUUCGGUCAAUAAAUUUAGUCAUAACUGUGGGUGUUCUUGUACUUGUGGAAAAUAUCCGUAGCAGAUUUAUUAAAAUUUAAUACAAUAUGUAUAAAAAGUA